UGUAGUUAUAAACAUCAAACAGUUAAGGUUAACCAAAAUGCUUUUAAGCAGAAAAGGAACGAAAACUUACAGUAUUAAAAGCAAUGUUGAUGGCACUCCCAAGAAUAAACCAAAAAAUAACGAUGUAGGUACAAUCAAAAAUUUUCUGGGGAAUAAUCAGCUAGAUAUUGAUGAAAUUACAGCUCUCGAAUCAGAACAACGUGAAUGUCCUUUAAGUGUGUUUGAAAAAAAGUUCCUACUCUGCUCUGAAAGAGGGGAUGUGCCAGAAGUUCGAGCAUUAUUGUCAAAGCACAAAGACAAUUCACGUUUUAAUAUCAAUUGCCGCGAUGCCAUCGGUAGAACAGCUCUAGUGGUGGCUAUUGAGAAUGAAAACAUGGAACUUAUUGAACUUUUGCUUGCAAAUGGAAUCAAAGCAGAAGAUGCUUUGUUACAUGCAAUCAGUGAAGAAUACGUUGAAGCAGUAGAAGUUCUUCUCCAGCACGAAGAAAAAAUUUACAACCCUGGAACACCAUAUAGUUGGGAAGCAAUUGACAACGAUAUGGCAUCUUUUACUAAAGAUAUUACUCCAUUAAUACUUGCAUCGCAUCGAGAUAACUACGAAAUUAUAAAACUUUUACUUGAUCGAGGGGCAUCUCUUCCAAUGCCUCACGACGUUCGAUGUGGUUGUGACGAUUGUGUUGUUGCUACCAAAGACGAUUGUUUAAGACAUUCUCGAUCACGUAUCAAUGCAUAUCGAGCUCUAACGUCUCCAUCACUUAUUUGUUUGUCAUCAACAGAUCCUAUUCAAACAGCCUUUACUCUCAGCUCUGAGCUUGCUAGAUUGUCAUCUGCUGAACAUGAGUUUAAAUUUGAUUACAUGGAAUUACGUAAAAAAUGUGAACAAUAUGCAACAGCACUCUUGGACCAUACUCGUACAUCAUAUGAAUUAGAAGUUAUGUUGAAUUAUGACCCACAUGGACCACUUUGUGAAAAAGGAGAAAGAAUGAAACUUGAAAGGUUAAAGCUGGCUAUCAUAAGCAAACAAAAAUCGGAAAUUAUUUUGACUUUAUUAGUGCUUUUAAUCAUGGCAUCUCAAAGAGUAGAAACAUUAGCUAUGGAAUGGAUUGGAACAGAAUAUCUUAGAGAAAUUUUACAAUAUACUAGAGAACACGAGCGUGGAAAGCCUCCCGGAAUAGUUGAAUCUGCAAUAGUUCUUUUUGUGAUAGGUUUUGUAUGGGCAGAAAUAAAGCAACUUUGGGAAGCUGGAUUAAAAGAUUAUCUAUUGGACAUGUGGAACGUGGCUGACUUUUUCACAAAUAUGCUUUACCUCACUUGCAUAGGCUUAAGGUUUUCAGCUUGGAUAAUAGUUCGGCGAGAAGUUUCACGUGGAAUUCAUGCUUAUAUACCACGGGAAGAUUGGGAUCCCUACGACCCAAUGCUAAUAUCUGAGGGUAUUUUUGGUGCUGCAAAUAUAUUUAGCUUCUUGAAAAUGGUUCAUAUCUUUUCCGUGAACCCACAUUUAGGACCACUGCAAAUAUCAUUAGGAAGAAUGGUUUUUGAUAUCAUCAAAUUCUUUUUUAUUUACUCAUUAGUACUCUUUGCAUUUGGAUGUGGAAUGAAUCAAUUAUUGUGGUAUUACUCAGAUAUAGACAAAGAGCUUUGUUAUAGUGGUCCUAAUGGAUCUAUGAAUAGUAAUUAUGAACAAUCAUGCCUUAUAUGGAGAAGAUUUGCAAAUCUAUUUGAAACAUCUCAGAGCUUAUUUUGGGCGAGUUUUGGAUUAAUUGAAUUAGAAAAUUUUGAGCUCACUGGCAUCAAAAGUUACACACGUUUCUGGAGUUUAUUAAUGUUUGGUUCAUAUUCAGUAAUAAAUGUUGUUGUUCUUCUCAACUUACUGAUUGCCAUGAUGAGUAGUUCGUAUCAAAUUAUUUCAGAACGAUCAGAUGUUGAGUGGAAAUUCGCAAGAAGUAAACUUUGGAUGAGUUAUUUUGAAGAUGGAUCAACAGUUCCACCGCCUUUCAACGUUUUUCCUACUCCUAAAUUUUUUGGAAGGUUUUUGGCUUGCAAGAAGAAACCAGCCUCUCAUUCAAUCAAAUUUAAAGAAGGACUUGAAAGAGAUGCAGUUUACAGGACAGUGAUGAAGUGCUUGAUUAGACGUUAUGUGACAACUCAACAAAGAAAAGCUGAAGAAACUGGUGUUACUGAAGAUGAUGUUAAUGAAGUAAAACAAGCAGUCACUAGUUUUAGGAGUGAAUUAUUUUCUAUUUUGAAAACUAAUGGAAUGAAAGGGGUUAAUAGUGCUUCUGAAGUCAUGAGUAGAAAGGAACGAUUAAGAGAGCGUCGCCUUUUAAAAGACUUCAACAUCGAUUUAGUUGAAUCCGUAAUGGAAGCAUUCAUAAAAGACACCAGCCGUAAAACCAAAUUCAGUUUGAUUCGUCGACUUACAACGGGUAAACGAGAAAAAGCAAAGAAGAACUGGAACGCUAUCGUUAAUGCUGCUCGUGCAAAACAAAACCACAUUGGGAGGACUACAACGCACAGUGGAAGUUUGAAAGAACUAAGAGAAAAGGUUUUCAAAGAAGAAGAAAUUGCAACACCAAGAGGUGUUCAGAGAUUUGCGGCAGCUGCAAGACGAGUUGUCCGUGAUAAAGUACUACGAAGAGAUUAUGAUAGUGUUAGUAACAUUGAAUCAAUUGAAGAAGAAGUUCCCGGAACAUUUUCUGCCAGCGUUACACCUCGAAAUUCAAUGCCUGAUGACACCAGUAACAAAUUGUACCAUCCACGAAAAGCCACCCUAAGCAGAGGGGAUAGUGCAUACAUUGACUUGGAUACUGACGUUAGCUCAUCGUCUGUCUUUUCUACGAGUGAAGUUCCAACGAAAGAAAGUUCCAAAGUUCAAACUUUAAUAUCAGCCUUUGAUUCGAGCAUUAACGAUGAUGUAAAAUCCUCACCUCGAAGGCAUUCGGCACCCGAAGCAAAUGAAAGAGUAAAUUUAUCGAAAUACUUAACUCAAAGAAGAAAUGCGCAUGCUUUUACUGAAUUAGACGAAAAUGUUGGAUGGUUAUAAAGCUCUUUAGAACUUAGGAAAAAAAGUGACUAAAAUUUUUCUGAACUUUUUGAAAAAUUCAAGCAAAAAGACAAUAGCAUCAGUCGUUGUAUAAAACUGAAUUGCAGAAUUUUAUUGUUUUGUUCCAAUUGUCAAGAAGUGGUCUAAACUAUACUAGAACUUCUUUAAAAAAUUGUUACUCGUCUA